ACUUCACUUCCAGCUUCAGCACAAUCUCAUCCGCUACACACACACACACACACACACACGCGCACGCGAGCACGGGCUCCUGCUCCGCCAUGGCCAGCACCAUCAAGGAGGCGCUGUCGGUGGUGAGUGAGGAUCCAGCUUUGUUCCAGUGUUCGUACGGAGCGUCUCUCCCUAAAGAAGACAUGACGGCCUCCGCUGAAUACAGCCAGAGCAAACUCAGUCCCAGAAUGCAUCAGCAGGACUGGCUGGCUCCGCCCCUCGCUCGCAUCACCGUCAAGAUGGAGUGUGGAGCGCAGGCCGACGGAUCCCGAAGUUCUCCUGAUGACUGUCCUGUGGUGAAAGGAAAAAUCUCUCCAGUUGCGAAUGUUCCAGUGAUGUACAGCAACUACAUGGAGGAAAAACACAUUCCACCGCCCAACAUGAUCACUAAUGAACGCAGAGUGAUCGUACCUGCAGAUCCCAGUCUGUGGUCAGCGGAUCACGUGUGUCAGUGGCUGGAGUGGGCCGUGAAGGAGUUCGGACUGCCGGAGGUGGACGUGUCUCUGUUCCACAGCAUCGAUGGGAGGCAGCUCUGCAAGAUGAGCAAAGACGACGUCCAGCGACUGACCAGCAGCUACACAGCCGAGAUCCUGCUGUCUCACCUGCACUACCUCAGAGAGACUCCACUUCCUCAUUUGACUUCAGAUGAUGUUGACAAAGCCUUGCAAAACUCCCCGCGGUUAAUGCAUGCUCGCAAUACAGGAGGAGCGAGUUUCAUCUUCCCAAACGCCCCCGUUUACCCUGCAGACAACAGCAGAGGAGCCAGCAGAGCAGAGGUCAGUUAUGACGUGGUCAGGCGCUCUGCAUGGACUCCGAAUGUGUCUGCCGCUAAAGUUCCCCAGGGUUCUGCUGCCAUCCUGAGCAAAGCCGAAGAGCAGAGAGCUCAGUUAGAUCCGUAUCAGAUUUUAGGGCCGACGAGCAGCAGGCUGGCGAAUCCAGGCUCCGGUCAGAUCCAGCUGUGGCAGUUCCUCCUGGAGCUUCUGUCCGACAGUGCCAACUCGUCCUGCAUCACGUGGGAAGGAACCAACGGAGAGUUCAAGAUGACCGACCCCGACGAGGUGGCCCGGCGCUGGGGUGAGCGGAAGAGCAAACCCAACAUGAACUACGACAAGCUGAGUCGAGCCCUGCGCUACUACUACGACAAGAACAUCAUGACCAAAGUGCACGGCAAACGCUACGCGUACAAGUUCGACUUCCACGGAAUCGCACAGGCCCUUCAGCCGCACCCCCCCGACUCGUCCAUGUACAAGUACCCGGCGGAUCUGCCCUACAUGAGCUCGUACCACACACACCCGCACCCGCAGAAGAUGAACUUCAUGUCUCCGCAUCCUCAGGCCAUGAACGUCACAUCGUCCGGGUUCUUCAGCGGCCCGAGUCCGUACUGGAACGCUCCGGGUUCGGGAAUCUACCCCGGCCCACGACACCCCGCCACACACAUGCCCUCCUACUACUAGACAUCUACAUCACAAACAUCUCAAGACAUCAAACUGGAGAAUCCCAACCAUCCGCCGGCACUUGCCGGAUAUAAAGCAGGAGAACCCGCCUGGAGUCCGAGAGCCGUGUGGAUUCAGCGGCGGGAAUGUGAAAGUGGCAAUAUAACAUGUAAAAGGGGCUUUUACGCUGCAUGAUCAAGUACUUAUUCAGCUAUAUGUUCAUGUGUACCUUAAUGUACAAACACACAUAUCAGAGAGAGUUCAGAGAGAGAGCGACAGAACGUGAGACAGGUCAGAGGAAGAGAGACAGGUGUGUGAGGUAAGAGAGGACGCUGAGGUAUGUGAGAAGAUGAAGAUUAAUCUCUUGCCAUAUUGUAUCAGUAUUAUGUCGCCCGUAUGGCAUCAGAGAUCGAAACCUGCCUUGACAAUGGCGAAAACUGGAAUUUAAAGCUUUCAGAUGUUUUUAAUGACAUCAAACCAUUAAAGACCGAGGUGCAUUUAUAUGAACCCGUGCCUUACUAUGGGAGCUUGUUUACGCCAGGUGACUGCGACUUUUUAUCUCGCAAUUAAGAGUUUAUAUCUCGCAAUUCUGAUUUUUUCUCGCUAUUCUGAAUUUAUAUCCACAAUUCAGACUUUUUAUCUCGCAAAUCUGAAAUCUCGUAAUUCUGACUUUUUCUCGCAAUUCCGAGUUUAUAUUUGCAAUUCUGACUUUUUUUCGCAAUACUGUUUUUUUCCCACAAUUGCGAGUUUAUAUCUCGCAAUUUUUACAUUUUUAUCUCGCAAUUAAGAGUUUAUAUUGCGCAAUUAUGAAAUAUGUCUUGCAAUACCUAGUUUAUAUCUUGCAAUUCCGACUUUUUCUCGCAAUUCCGAGUUUAUAUAAAAAGUCGCAAUUACUUUUUUUUUCUUUUUUUUAUUCUGUGGCGGAAACCAGCUUCCAUCCCUUAUAGAGGGAUCCAGCUGAAGAGAUUUACCAAAGACACCAGUAUUUGUAUUAUUAUUAAUUAUUAUGAUGAUGUUCUGAGUCACAAACGCUGUGCGUUUGUUAGAUUGAAGUAUACAGUUCAGUGUUAUAAUUCUUUUUAUAUAAUAGAUAUAUAACUUAUGCAUUUAAACACUACGAGUUGAUCUCAGCCAGCCAAACACAGACAUUAAUCACAGACGUAGAGAAACAGACCAAAGAAGUGAAACACUCCAGCAGUUUGAUGAUUCUCUGUAUUAGCCGUUGUUUACAGUGAACACACACACACACACACACGCAUGUUCGUAUGACGCUGGACUGGCAGCACACGGGCUCUGACCGACUGAACCCAGAUCAGAUCAGACGCCCUGAUGCUCUGAGAUUGUUGACAAAGGGAAGAAAACAUAUACUUAGAUAAAUUAUAUGGUUUUCUACUGAAUCAUUUUAAUAAACUAUUUUCAACAA